CCAAAUAAACAAAAACACUCAAAAGCCUCAACAGUACUCUCCGGAAUAAUCUAGGGCAAAGACCUUUCUUCCCUCCCCUCUUCCAUCACUCUCUCUCUCUCUCUCACACGCACACACACAAUACACACUGAUAUUCUCGUGUAGGAAAAAGCGGAACAGGAAGAUAAACCCCACUCCACAAGAAGGAAACAGAGCGAGUCAUUGCAGCUAACUUGUUUAUAGUAUGCCCCCGAGCAUGGAGACUGAGAAUUCCACAAACACUUCUCGAGCUGAAGAACUCAAACUCCUCGCAAAUGAAGCCUUCAAAGCGCAUAAAUAUUCUCAGGCUAUUGAUUUAUAUACGCAAGCGAUAGAGGUGAAUAAGGAUAAUGCAGUCUACUGGGCUAACCGUGCGUUUGCUCACACCAAAUUGGAGGAGUAUGGAAGUGCUAUACAAGACGCCACGAAAGCUAUUGAAAUUGACCCAAAAUAUUCGAAGGGUUAUUAUAGGCGGGGCGCAGCAUAUUUGGCAAUGGGCAAGUUUAAAGAUGCUCUGAAGGAUUUUCAACAAGUCAAAAAAUUAUGUCCGAAUGACCCUGAUGCCACCAAGAAAUUAAAGGAGUGUGAGAAAGCUGUGAUGAAGCUAAAAUUUGAGGAAGCUAUUUCUGUACCUGAAUCAGCAAGACAUUCAAUAGCUGACACAAUUGAUUAUCACGCUAUAGAUGUGGAGCCACAGUAUUCCGGGGCAAGAAUAGAGGGAGAUGUUGUAACAUUGGAUUUUGUGAAGAAAAUGAUGGAUGACUUUAAGAAGCAGAAGUGCCUACAUAAAAGAUAUGCAUUCCAGAUUGUGCUGCACACCAGAUCUUUGCUGCGCGAAUUGCCAUCUCUUGUUGAUAUUAAUGUCCCUGAUGGGAAGCAUUUCACGGUAUGCGGUGAUGUACAUGGUCAGUUUUAUGAUUUGAUGAAUAUAUUUGAGCUCAAUGGACUUCCGUCAGAAGAUAAUCCAUAUCUGUUCAAUGGGGACUUCGUAGAUAGGGGUUCUUUUUCGUUAGAGGUCAUUCUCACGCUGUUCGCCUUCAAGUGCAUGUCUCCCUCAGCUAUAUACCUUUCUCGAGGGAACCAUGAAAGCAAGAGCAUGAAUAAGAUAUAUGGUUUUGAGGGUGAGGUCAGAUCCAAAUUGAGUGAGACAUUCGUGGAACUAUUUGCAGAAGUGUUCUGUUGUUUACCUUUGGCUCACGUCAUAAAUGAGAAAGUCUUUGUGGUUCAUGGAGGCCUUUUCAGUGUUGAUGGUGUAAAGCUCUCGGACAUCAGAGCAAUUGAUCGGUUUUGUGAGCCUCCCGAGGAGGGAUUGAUGUGUGAAUUGCUGUGGAGUGACCCACAACCUCAGCUUGGGAGGGGACCAAGCAAACGUGGUGUUGGUCUCUCAUUUGGUGCAGAUGUAACAAAAAGAUUUUUGGAGGACAACAACUUAGAUUUAGUAGUAAGGUCACAUGAGGUUAAGGAUGAGGGUUACGAGAUCGAGCAUGAUGGUAAACUUAUAACGGUAUUUUCUGCUCCAAAUUACUGUGAUCAGAUGGGAAACAAGGGCGCAUUUAUUCGUUUUGAAGCCCCAGACCUGAAACCCAAUAUCGCAACAUUUUCAGCAGUGCCACACCCUGAUGUCAAACCAAUGGCAUAUGCAAACAACUUCCUACGAAUGUUCGCCUAGUACAUAACCCUAUCUUGUUAUAAUAUCUACUGCAAGACACUUCUUACUGCCCAACUGCAAAAUGGUGGUAAAAAUGGCUGAAGACACGGUUUUCACUUUUCACAUUGAUCAAGGAUAACAUGUGUGCACUUGAUAUCUGGGAUUCUUUUCCUCAAUUGCUGUAUGUGGCCUGGAAAUUUAGGCUCAGCUGUGGAAAGUAGUAGGUGUGCCAUGUACAACAUUUUGCUCCUUCAUUUGUAUUCAUAUUAAUUUAUGUAAGAAAUAUUUUGAUUUUUGGUUGAUUUAACUUACCGCUCCUAUGAAAUAGCUAAAUUUCUAA